AGGGAGUCCAGGUCGGGAGCCACUGGAUUCCCGGUAGGAGUCAGAGAGACCAAGUCUUUUUUGCAAGAGACCCAGUGUGCAAAGAGGAUGCUGCAGACACGGCUGAUGAUGCGGUCAAUGUCACUCAUCCAUAAAAGGAAGUUUACUUCAACGUAACUUGAAACUCAAUUACAGUUUCGACAUUUUUAAGGAAUUUAAAUACACAUACAGACUAAUAUACAAACAGCUUUUUUUGUCGUCUGAGAUUCACCUCUGCCCCGGACAGUGCGUCUCCUCGGCGCCGGUAUGAGAGUCCUGCUGCCGGCGUGGCUUUGGCUGCUGCUCGGCCUCCUGCCUCUGGAGAUCCAGUCACGAGCUUUGACUCUGCACAGCCUCACUCACAGACACAGAUUGACUUCACCCCGAUCUUCUAAACACCCAAAGUUGUCUUUAGCUGCCACCUCACCCACUGUGUCUGACCUCUUUGUAGCCACUGACAACCACUUCGACCAUGGAGACAAGCAUAUCACCUGGAGGGCCAUGCAGCACAAAGAGCCCCAGUCGAAGUUUUCCAAACUGUUGCUUGAUGAAAGCAGCGCUUCACUACAGGAAAUGCCUGUCACUCGGCGCAGGUCACGGGGUCGCCGUCAUGCCAACAUUGGCGGCACAAGAGGCCACAGUCAUCUGAUGAGGGUGGGGUGUGUCCUGGGCACCUGUCAGGUUCAGAACCUCAGCCAUCGUCUCUACCAGCUGAUUGGACAGAGCGGGAGAGAAGAAUCCUCCCCCAUUAAUCCUCGAAGUCCACACAGUUAUGGCUAAGACCACACAGCAAGCUGGUGAAAUGCUUUUACUGAAAAACAGUGAAAAUUUGCUUCAUCAAAGCCACUCGGAGACAAAAAUGGGCCUUUAAUGUGUCCUAGAACAGAUGGAUGUUAGGCAUACUAAGUGUGGGAUUUCACAUCAGACUUUAGGGCCUUGUCUUAAACCAGACCACUGCCAGACCAGCUCCUUAACAAAAAGAUAACAGUGACUAAACAAAACUACAAAAAGCUUUAUGAUGCUGUUGACGCUCAUUCAAAGACAUGAAAGCCAGAAACACAUCUCUUAUCAGUGCCUCACUGAUCUCCCUGCAGUAUUCAGGACCACUUCCUGGAUCCAUUGUUGUGGUCAAGAUUUUCAGGCCUUUCACUAGUGGUUUAACUUUCAAAUAUUUGGAGGCUGAGAUAAUCUGAUUUUCACAAAGUGGCCAAACAUUUGCAUAAUUUCUUGCCCAAUUAAUCAGUCAGGUAGUAAUACUAUUUUUUCUUGAUCUAAGUAACUUUUAUAAUAAGUAAUAUACUAUUAUAACCAAUGCUUGGUCCAAAAAGAGGCAAUUUGACUUGGUUAGGGUUCUUGAAGAUUUUCCAUCUCUCCUCCAAAAGACUUCU